AUGGGUGAGAUCAGCCAAGAGACGGUGGAGAAAUACCUGGAGGACAACCCUCAGUUUGCCAAGGCGUAUUUCGACCGGAAACUGCGGGGGGAGGCGGCGGGAGAAAUCUCGGAGCCCGGUGGUGCGCAGGCGCCGGCCCGCAUGUCCUUCCCGGGCCUGACGCUGAUAGAGGAGACGGCCCUGUGCCUGGAGCUGCUGGAGGCCCUGCGGGAGGAGGCCGGCAGCGUGGAGCUGGCGGCGCACAAGGCCCUGCAGAGGCUGGCGCAGCUUCUGCGGGCGGACCGCUGCAGCAUGUUCCUGUGCCGGGCGCGCAACGGCUCGCCCGAGGUGGCCUCCAAGCUGCUCGACGUCACCUCUACCUCCAAGUUCGAGGACAACCUGGUGGUCCCCGACAGAGAAGUUGUUUUUCCACUGGACGUCGGGAUAGUGGGUUGGGUUGCUCACACGAAGAAAACCUUCAAUGUUCCAGACGUGAAAAAGAACAGCCAUUUUUCUGACUUCAUGGACAGACAAACCGGGUAUGUCACCAGGAACCUGCUGGCAACCCCCAUCGUGACGGGCAAGGAGGUUCUUGCUGUGGUUAUGGCAGUUAACAAAGUAGAUGCAUCUGAAUUUUCCAAACGGGAUGAAGAGGUCUUUUCCAAAUACCUCAGCUUUGUUUCUGUCAUCCUAAAGCUUCAUCAUACCAACUACUUGUACAGUAUUGAAUCCCGAAGAAGUCAGAUCCUCAUGUGGUCAGCCAACAAAGUAUUUGAAGAGCUCACAGAUGUUGAGCGACAGUUUCACAAAGCUCUCUACACUGUUAGAACAUACCUGAACUGUGAACGAUACUCCAUUGGACUGCUGGACAUGACCAAGGAGAAGGAAUUCUACGAUGAGUGGCCUGUCAAGCUUGGAGAAGUCGAGCCUUAUAAGGGUCCAAAGACACCAGAUGGCAGAGAAGUCAUGUUUUAUAAAAUCAUCGAUUACAUUUUACACGGAAAAGAAGAGAUCAGAGUCAUUCCGACACCUCCUGCGGACCACUGGACUCUCGUUAGUGGGUUGCCAACAUACGUUGCUGAAAAUGGAUUUAUCUGCAACAUGCUGAACGCCCCAGCGGAUGAAUACUUCACAUUUCAGAAAGGACCUGUAGAUGAGACUGGUUGGGUCAUUAAAAACGUCUUGUCCCUGCCUAUUGUCAACAAGAAAGAAGACAUUGUGGGAGUAGCUACAUUUUACAACAGAAAGGACGGAAAGCCUUUUGAUGAGUAUGAUGAACACAUCACUGAGACUCUCACACAAUUUCUCGGAUGGUCUCUUUUAAAUACUGACACCUAUGAGAAAAUGAAUAAACUAGUAAACAGAAAGGACAUAGCCCAGGAAAUGCUCAUGAACCACACCAAAGCUACUCCUGAUGAAAUCAAGUCCAUUUUGAAAUUUAAAGAGAAGUUAAAUAUAGAUGUAAUUGAAGACUGUGAAGAAAACCAACUUGUCACAAUUUUGAAAGAGGACCUACCAGACCCACAGGCCGUAGACCUGUAUGAAUUCCGCUUCAGCGACUUCCCCAUCACAGAGCACGAACUGAUUAAGUGUGGACUUCGGCUGUUUCUUGAAAUAAAUGUGGUGGAGAAAUUCAAAGUACCUGUAGAGGUUCUCACCAGAUGGAUGUACACGGUGAGGAAGGGGUACCGUGCCGUCACUUACCACAACUGGCGACACGGGUUCAAUGUGGGGCAGACGAUGUUCACUUUGCUGAUGACAGGAAGACUGAAGAAAUACUACACGGAUCUUGAAGCCUUUGCCAUGCUUGCUGCUGCCUUCUGCCAUGACAUUGACCACAGAGGCACCAAUAACUUGUAUCAGAUGAAAUCCACAUCUCCAUUAGCAAGGCUUCAUGGAUCGUCCAUCUUGGAGAGGCACCACCUGGAGUACAGUAAGACUCUUCUGCAGGACGAGAGUUUAAACAUCUUCCAGAACCUAAAUAAACGCCAGUUUGAAACAGUUAUUCAUUUGUUUGAAGUUGCAAUAAUAGCAACUGACCUGGCUUUAUAUUUCAAGAAGAGAACUAUGUUUCAAAAAAUUGUUGAUGCCUGUGAAAAAAUGGAAACUGAAGAAGAGGCCAUCAAAUACGUAACCAUUGAUCCAACCAAAAAAGAGAUUAUCAUGGCAAUGAUGAUGACUGCGUGUGACCUGUCAGCUAUAACCAAGCCCUGGGAGGUACAAAGUCAGGUAGCACUUCUGGUUGCAAAUGAAUUUUGGGAACAAGGAGAUCUGGAGAGAACAGUGCUGCAGCAACAACCAAUUCCUAUGAUGGACAGAAACAAAAAGGAUGAACUACCUAAACUUCAAGUUGGAUUUAUUGACUUUGUUUGUACUUUUGUGUAUAAGGAGUUCUCACGGUUUCACAAAGAAAUCAUACCUAUGCUGAAUGGUCUUCAAAAUAACAGAGUGGAAUGGAAGUCCCUAGCUGAUGAGUAUGAUGCAAAGAUGAAGGUAAUUGAAGAGAAGAAAAAGCAGGAAGAAGGAAAUACGACUGAAAAAGCUGCAGAAGAUUCAGGAGGUGGUGCUGAUGACAAAAAGUCCAAAACAUGUCUAAUGCUGUAAUACAGUCCAACUGGCCUAAAUUUCAAAUAUUGUUUCUACAUUUGAAGACAACAAGAAAACAUUCAAAAGAACAUCAGCAAAUUUCAUUCAUCAAACCAUCAACUAACAGAGUAAGAGAAUCUUCAGAAAAGCUACCCUGUGACUAGCAUGAGAAAAUAUACUGCUAGCCUAAAAGCCCUGAGGGUAAAAUAAAGUUCAACAGAAGUGCAAAA